GAUGAAGAGCCUCGAGUCUAUGUGCGCUGGCAAAACGAAUCUACAAGUCCCUGGCUUGUAGCCCACGCAGAGUUGUUAGGUACAGGGGACCUGAGCGAUCGAACAUCAACGAACGCACUCUGUCGUCCGCUCGACAAGUAGCUUCACCAACAGCGCUUGCUCGUCAACACAUUUAUCGGUUGACUAUGGCACGGCGACUCGUUCUUCUCUCGAGUCUCUACCUGGCGACGGCUGUGCUCGGCCGAUGCUAUUGCGGAGUCCCUGCCGCGUGCAAUGACCUUGAAGCGCAGUCCGAGUGCAACCGCGCGAAUGACCAAGUGACUGACAUGGUCAACUCGGCCGGCCGCAACGCCGACCUCUACCUCGAAGGUCUUCUCUUCAAGAACGCAUCUGUGACGCCAUCGCAAACGUCGUACCUCCGCUCCAAGCUCUCGGAAGCUUUCGAGUGGGGCAAGCCCGUCGGCGACUGCUCCGACGGGCUCACCACGAGCACCCACCUCGCCAACGCCGUCGACAUUUGCUUCUCAAUACCGCUCUUCCAGCAGUGCGACACACUCGCAAAGUCUGUGCCGCAGUACUUUAACAACAUCCACAACGUACUCUCGGAGCGACUGCUCAACAGCUCCGUGUCGGGCAUUCUUGAGAAAGGCAAGCUGACGACGCUUGCCACCGAGUUAGUUCAGGUGAUGAAGGUGCGCUCCUCGAUCGCGCGCGAGUCGAACAAGAUUCGCUGCAAGGGCUACAACGCGACCACUGAGAUUCUGCUUCGCCCGUCGUCCGCUUGGACCAGCCCCUUGUCCUUCGUCGCCGUCACGAUGCUAGCAUUGCUUGUCUAGUGUCUUAUUGGUUCUAUAAGUUCUGAUUGCUUCCGCUGCCCA